CGAGUCCGAAUCAAGAGCCACCUGUCGCUUGCUACUGCUCUUCGCCACCUGCACUUGACUUCAGCCAUGGCUGCCACUACGCCCUAUCCAACUCUGCUGUCAGAGGUCAAGGUCGGCGACCUGACCCUGAAGAACCGCGUUGCCAUGUCGGCCAUGACACGUGCACGCAGCAUCGGCCGCAUCCCCAAUGACCUCAACCGCGACUACUACGCACAGCGCGCCAGCGCCGGCCUGAUCGUGACUGAGGGCAUCCCUGUCACGGAGCGCGGAGCCGGCUGGAUCGAUGUGCCGGGCCUUUACACCCAGGAACAGACCGAGGGCUGGAAGAAGGUCGUCGAUGCCGUUCAUGCCAAGGGUGGCGUCAUCUUUGCGCAGCUGUGGCACAUGGGCCGCCAGGCCCACAGCUCCUUCUUUAAUGGCGAGCUGCCCUUUGGGCCCUCUCCCAUUGCCAUCGUGUCGGAGCGCGGCGUCAACACGGCCGACGGCUCGCACGCUCCUUACGAGGUGCCGCACGAGAUGACCGUGGAUGAAAUCAAGGCCACUGUUCAGGAGUACAAGAAGGCCGCGGCCAAUGCCAAGGCCGCUGGCUUUGAUGGCAUCGAGCUUCACGGUGCCAAUGGUUACUUGAUUGACGAGUUUUUGCAGUCUUGCUCCAACACCCGCACGGACGAAUAUGGUGGCAGCGUGGAGAAGCGCUUCCGCUUCCUGAAUGAGAUCCUUCAGGCCGUGCUCGAGGUCUACCCCAAGGAGCGCGUUGGUGUGCGCAUUAGCCCCAACGGCAACUUUGGUGGUAUGGGCUCGGAUGACUUCCGCGAGACCUUCCUGUACGUGGCUGAGCAAGUGGGCAAGUACGAGGUGGCCUAUCUGCAGGUCCUCGAUGGUUUGGGCUUUGGUUUCCACGAGAAGGGCGAGCCCCUGAAGUUGACGGAGAUCCGCCCUCUCUUGCCCAAGGCCACUGCUCUCUUUGGCAACGUCGGCUACACGGCCGAGACCGCAGAAGAGACGCUGGCCGCCGGUCAUGCCGAUGUCAUUGCUUUUGGCCGUCCUUACCUGGGUAAUCCAGACCUGGUGGAGCGUUUUGCCAACCAAUGGCCUCUGGCUGAUGGGCCGGAGCACGGCGCCUGGUUUAGCCCCGAUAUGCCCGACCGCACCAAGUACAACUCUAGCUGGGGCUACUCGGAUCAGCCCACGUACCAGGAGCAGGUCAAGGCCUAAGCCCGCUGUUCAAGGGCUGUGCUGCGUAGCGCUGUUUAUGGCGCGAUCUUGCCCCCUCCUCGCGAGCCACCACCUCAAUGUGAGAGAGGGACUUGACAUGUGGGCCCUACAUACACACACCCGCCUGGCGCUUCUCUUCCUCUUCUAUACGAUGAUUUAAAAAAUUGAUUCUAAGAGCAUC